AUGGAGAAAGAACUCCAAGAUCUGCGCAAAGGCGAUGCGGGAACCACUUCCCAACCAGUUCAACCUGGACAACCGGCUGCGAAAAGCCGCGAUACCGCCGCGCACGGCUUCUCCCUCGACUCAGACAAAUCUGCAACAACUGCCCCUCGUCCAAGCGACGAAACCAUCAACUCUGCGCAAGCACGCUUUCUCAGUGUGUCAAAGAUCAAGACUACUGCCGCGUUUGACGGCAAGGAUUUUUAUACAUGGAGUUUUGAGCUUGAGCUCCUCCUACAGACAGCGCAGAUCUACCACUACUUCGACGGCUCCUAUCCUAAACCGGUGGAAGACACCGAAGACGCCCGCGCUCAAUACUACAGUGAGUCGCUCAUGGCGUAUAGCGUUCUGCUGCGCAACAUGUCGCCGGCAGAACAGCUCGGCAUCCGCUCCUAUAAAGAGAGCGCCGCUCCGGCUCUUGAAGCUUGGAAGCACCUCGUGGAGGUAUAUCAGCCGAAGGAUUCCGUCACUGCAAGCCGCCUCCUGCAACAACUCAUGGAGACGAAGAUGGGGCACGGGGAGAAAGCAAACAGUUACAUCAACCGUUGUCGGAACAUCCGUGAUCAAAUCAUCAAGAACGGAAGUUCGAUCUCGGAGGAGAUAUUCGUAAACAUCAUCCUCCAGGGACUUGGGCCCGAGUGGAAGCCCUGCAAGGCACUACUCCGACAACGAGGACAACUUUCCGAAGCCGCGCUAUGCGCCGCACUGCUGACUGAACAGCAGGACAUGGACUCGAGCAGAACGAGUUCCGCGCCACGCCGAGAGCGACUCGCCUUCUACGCGGACAACCGUGAAGAGCGACGACAACCAAGGCGCCAUUACUGCAAAAUUUGCAAAGCCUUCGGGCAUUCAACGGAUCGAUGCAAAUCCCGAUCCAACUAUCGGCACCCGAAUUCCACUCACCACAACAACUGGGUCAGCCGACAAGACGCUCGUCACUCUCAGCCCCAACAACCAGUCUCCCGUCCUCCUGCACAACAACAACAACCACAGCAGUCACAAGGAUCUCAAGGAGGAGCUCCCAGAAACGUAAUCGCAAACAUGGCGACGCGACGCCGCCGCACCGACGAACCUGACGAAGAAGAAGAACUUCAGGGAGUACUGCCGCAAUCAGAGGAGGGGUGGAAUAACCCCCUUACAGAAGAUCACCAUUACCUGUACGACGAAGACGAGCAGGAUUGGAAUCAGCCAAUCACACUGCGGGAAAGCCCGCCACACGACAAUCAAAUCCACGUACCUGUCGGAUGGAAGGAAGACGAAGACCCAUCCUUCUACAGACGCUACAAGGCAACGCUAGUAACACCCCGACUCGCGUUACUACUCCGCAACAACAACAACAAAGAUAAUUACAACACCUGGUACCUGGACAGCUGCUGCGGACAGCACAUGGUGGGUUCGACUCGCUACGUAUCGAACCUCAACCGCGCCCCCGCAACUUGCGUCACCGUUGCUAAUAGCCACCAACUGCGCGCCAACUCCCAAGGCAUUGUCGUCCUGCAAGCACGAGACAGCAACACCCACAUCUCGUUCAACGACGUGCUCUACGUCCCAGACCUGCGCUUUAAUCUGCUCUCAGCAGGACAACUUCGCGACUGCGGCGUCAUACUCACCACCGACCUGGCCACGCGCGACCUCAUCCUCACGUACGCCCCUCCAGACACACCUCCCGAGUCGUUCAAAUACCUCGGUCGAGCCCGCUCCAUAAACGGGAUCUACGUUCUGGACUUCGACGUACCAAGCUGUAAAGCCUCAUCUGAUGAGCUCGUGGACCUGGUCCCCCUCGAAUUCGCCUUCAUGAAUGAAGAAUCGUGGCAACAUCCUGAUGGACGGCCAUGGAUCCGCCGCAGCCCGCAUCCGCGCGAAAUCAAUCUGCACAACCCCGACAUCAACGGACUCUGCACCACCUGCCACACACCCGCGGCAAGCCGCACGGAGCAAGUCGAGAGGCAGUACGCUGCGAUCCAAGAGGCGGAAAGUGCUGAACAAGAACCCAGCGGCAUGACCGAGGAAGAACUCGCAGUAUCAACUUACCGCAUCUUCGGAGAAGAAAACAAGCAAUGGGGUCACCAGCCUGAUCCGCGCCCCGCACCACGUUCCGACACCCUCCGAUUCAUCCUCGAGGCCAACGCCACCACCAUAGACGAGGAAGGACGCCCGCGCCCGUACACCCGCGAAGUCUACCGCCGGGAAAUUGACCCAGCCUGGAAAGACCCUGAUGAGGAAGAGGAGUUAAGCGUCAAGGAGGAACAAGACAAAGCCAGGGCAGAGAAGAAACAAAAGUUGUAUGAAGAACGCCUCGCAGCAGGCUGGAGCGAGGAGUCUGCACGACGAGGCGGAUGGGGAGACGAUGACUACGAGCCCGAGACCGGCGCUACCUGGGCAUCAGCCACUGGAGCAUGGGGAGCCAGCGGCAGCGGCAUGGUUACCACUGGAGGCUGGGGCACGGAAGAAACAACUGAAACGGACAUAACCCAAGAGGAGCUGAAGGAAGCAGAACAGGAGAUGCGCGCCGAACGUGGAGAAAAAUCACCCCGUGUCGCCAUACCCCUCGGACGACCGCCACCUCGACGCUCACCACCCCGCUCACCCUGGCGCUGGGAUAGCACCUGGACGGAGCUUGAGAAGGGGGAUGUACCUCUAACACCUGUCCGAGACUCUCUUGGUCCAAUCUCCCGUCCAGAUCCAUACGCCCGCUUCAUCGAAGGCACAACAACACCGCUCACCAUCAUCCCCGACCGCGAAUUUCUCGCCCUUUAUCUUUCGACCGCGCCUGCAGAAGGGGAGACAACCGCAGAAGAAGAAGCAGAAGGAGCAGAAAACGAAACAGAACCAGGAGAAGAGGAGGAACCACCGCUCCAGAUCCCACAAGAAACAGAGGAGGAUGCAGCGGAGCAUCGCGCACGCUACAUGCGCAGCAGCGGCAUUCGCGCCGAAGACGACCUCUGGCACCAGCGACUCGGGCAUCCCUCGCGCCAGACUCUCGCCAACUGCCUCCGCGCCAAGGUCUUCCCCCCAGGAGCACUUCUGCGCCCCGACGGCACCGAACCACACAACACUUCACAUCCACUCACCUGCACCGUCUGCCCCACUGCAGCCCUCACUCACAGCGCAUAUCCUUCACUGGAGCCAAGCACCAACCGCUACAAGAAACUGCAGAAGGUGUACAGCGACUUCAUCGUACUCACCUGCGACGGACUCAACGGCGAAAAAUACACGCUGACCUUCAUCGACGCCUACUCUCGCCACGUCUGGAUCGCCAACGUCGACGCACGGUCCAAGGCUCCAGAAGUCUUCCGGAUCUGGCUUGCACACGCACAGCGACAGUCAGGGAGGAAGCUGAAAAUCUGGCAGAGUGAUGGCGCCAAGGAGUUCCGCAGCCACGAGCUGGAAAGCGUCCUCACCGAAAAGGGGAUCAAGCAUGAGAUCUCUCUCCCCUACGCUCAUCAGCAGCAAGGAGUCGCAGAGAGGGUAAACCGCACCCUCAUGACGAAAGUACGCGCCGUCAUGAACCAGUCCGGACUCCCCAAGAAGCUCUGGCCUUACGCCAUGAACCACGCAGUACGCCUAUACAACCUCCUCUCCACCACGGCCAACAGAGACAACCUUUCCCCACACAUGAAAUGGACCGGCACAAAGGGAGAUCCCUCCAUGCUGAGGGUUUGGGGGUGCAUGGUGCAGUACCGGCCAACUUCGGCACACAUCGGCAAGUUUACUGAACGUGCACGAUGGGGGGUUCAUCUGGGGCUCAGCAACGAACACAAGGGCUGGCUCAUUCUCGACAUUGACAGCAAGGAGAUUGUCCCCGCGCGUGACGUCCUCUUCUACGAAAGGCUCACCUUGAAGCAGUGGAUCAAGGAUGAACAACGCAACCAAGCUCGCGGCUAUGUCAACAGCGGUCGCAGCUUUGCAUCUCCCGAGGAUGAAGCAGCAGCAGCAGCCUUCGAUCGCGACGACACCGACGAUCAUCCCGGCAUCCCGCCUCGCCCCCGCACGGACGAUGACGACGACGACAGCGACGACGCACCUGCCCCUGGACCAUCCCGCCGCGACACCGCCCCAGGAACUUCCUCACCUGCUCACGAGAGCGACGAUGAUGACGUGGUGGAAGUCCCCAUCACCGACACCACAGAAACCACAAACGUGUCCGGUCUGCAACUUCUCGGGCUCCACACCUCCGUCUCCGCCAUGGCUCGCGCCGUCGAACCAAAGAACCCGCGCCAAGCCCUCACCGGCCCGCACGCCAAAGAGUGCCGUGCAGCUAUGGACGCCGAACUAAAAGCGCUGGAGUCCCGUGACACAUGGGUUCUCGUCGAUCGUGCAGCAGUGAAGGGGAGGAGGGUGCUAAGCGGAAAGUGGGUUUUUCGACUCAAGACUAACGCUGACGGAACCAUCGAACGCUUCAAGGCACGAUGGGUGGUCCGAGGCUACGACCAGCGCCACGGCAUCGACUUCGACCAGACUUUCGCUCCUGUCAGCCGUCACACCUCCGUCAGAAUCCUACUCGCCAUAGCCGCCGCUAAGCAUCUGCCACUGCGACAGAUCGACGUGAAGAACGCAUUCCUAUAUGCGUUAGUGGACGCAACCAUCUUUGUGGAGCAGCCACACACCUACGGAGAAGGAGAUCCCAGGGUCUGCCAGCUGAAGAAAUCCCUCUAUGGGAUCAAGCAGGCGCCUCGUCUCUGGCAGCAGCACCUGCACAAAAUUCUACUGGAAAUCGGCUUCAGGCAGCUGCCACACGACCCGGGAAUGUACCGCCUCCACUUCAACGGCGACUACAUCCUCCUCACCGUCUACGUCGACGACCUGCUCUAUACGGGCACCUGCAACACGCUCCUUAACCAGUUCGAGGAAAACCUGGCGAAGCGCGUGGACAUCACCAUCAACCACAACGUCACUCAGUUUCUGGGCCUGAACAUCACCUACGCGCCAGAAGCAAUUCAUCUGUCAGCUUCAAAGUACGCAGAGCAGCUGGGAGAACGGUUCAACAUCUCACGCGCACCACUCUCAACUCCCUACCGCAGCCCCAGCACCAACUACAAACCGGACAACAAGCCCUUGUCUCCCGCGGGGCUCCAACUGUACCAGCAGCAGCUGGGCUGCCUGCUGUUCGCAUCUGUCACAUGCCGACCCGACCUUUCGUACAUCGCCAGCCAACUGGCACAGUACUCCCGCAAACCAGUAGCCGAGAACCAGCUGGACCUGGAGCGCGCCCUGCAAUACUUCAUUUCCACGCCUGACAUCGGCCUCUCCUACUCCACGCUGUCAACGACAUCCUUCAACCUCAACGGCUACGUGGACGCUGACCAUGCUGCUGACCCAGCAAAUCGACGGCCCGUAAGGCCCGCGCGCCGCCUCUACACGCCUGUCGGGCCCGCACACACGCUGCUACCGCGCGCUGCCCGCACCGAGAUCGCGCAGCCCGCCCCGAGUCGCGCGCAGCCCGCUGCAGCCACGCGCAGCCCGCACCGAGCCGCGCGCAGCCCGCUGCAGCCGCGCGCAGCCUGCACCGAGCCGCGCACAGCCCGCUGCAACCGCGCGCAGCCCGCACCGAGCCGCGCGCAGCUCGCAGCUGCCGCGCGCAGCCCGCGCCGAGCCCGCGCAGCCCGCGUCGAGCCGCGCGCGGCCUGCUACGGCCUCGCGCAGCCCGCGCGCGGCCCGCAGCAGCUCGUGCCGAGCCGCGCGAGGCCUGCUCCUGCCUCGCACGGCCCGCGCGCGGCCCGCAACAGCCCGCGCCGAGCCGCGCGCGGCCCGCUACUCCCUAGCGCGGCCGCGCGCGGCCCUUUGCCUCGGCCCCGACCUGCCGCUGAUGCGGCCCCGCCCAGCAGCUGCCAUGGCCCCGACCUGCCGCUGAUGCGGCCCCGCCCUGCAGCUGCCACGACCCCGACCUGCCGCUGA